CGUUAGUAAGCCUUGGAGUGUUAUAGUUUAUUGUGACACGUGCCUUGUGGACAGUUUGACGGAGUUAGAAAAGUGAGAUAUAACCAUAAUUCUAAACAUGGGUGUAUCAGAGCCUGGUUCUUCCACUAUUCCUGACCUGCCUCCGAUGGACGAACGGCCAGGGUCCGGCAGCGGGCUGGACGACGAGGACAUUCCUCGGAGGAAGCAGCGCCGGUACAGAACCACCUUCACGAGUUACCAGCUCGAUGAGUUGGAGAAGGCGUUUGGACGGACGCAUUACCCUGAUGUAUUUACUAGAGAAGAGUUGGCACUUAAGAUCGGGCUCACGGAAGCUAGGAUUCAGGUGUGGUUCCAAAACCGGCGUGCUAAAUGGCGGAAGCAGGAGAAGGUGGGGCCACAAGCACACCCGUACAGCGGGUAUCUGAGCGGAGUCCAAGCGCUGCCGACCUCCGCCCCGCUACCCGCCCCGCCGCACCCCCUGUCGCAGCUCGGGUUUAGUCUCAGAAAACCAUUCGACACCGCUCUAGCUUCCUUCAGGUACGCGAACGCUCCAUUAUUCGGAGCUCAGUAUCUACCCCCGCUGUCGCGCCCGCCGCUCUUCGGCGCGCCGCUGUACGCUACAUCUCCGGCUCACUUCCACUCCCUCUUCGCUGACCUAACAGCACCCGAGCUGCCGCGUCUGCCUGCCGAAGAUACCCGACUAUCUCCGGAAAAUUCCCGUCUACCAUCAGAGGGCUCGAGACAUUCGCCAGAGGUGACGCGUUCGCCAUCCAUUUCACCUCCGAUAUCGCCGGGCAGCGAGUCGUUGCCUAUGCAGCCGAGAAUGGAUGACGUGCGGACUUCAAGCAUUGCCGCUCUGAGAUUAGCGGCGAGGGAACAUGAAUUGAGAUUAGAGUUGUUGAGGCAAAGAGCUGAUUUGAUAUGCUGAUACCGGAAUGUUAACUUAAGUAAUUAAAUGCUUCUAAUUUGUAUGUAUCUUGUAUAUGUUUUUGUAUAUAGUAGUGUAAUCUUUAAUUUUAUUACAUGUUCCUUCGCAAUUAAACUUUGUAUUUUACACGUAAAUAAAACAAUUUGAAAUAA